CUACAGGUUUAGAAACCCUCGGUGGGCGAGUCCGACUCGCAGCACUUGGUCGGUUUCCUACUGUUUGGUUUAAUAUGUACAGGUGUCUAUAACGUUACUCGUGAGUGCCCCGGGUUGUCCGCGGGGGUAUGUGGGCCCGGGUGGCCUGCACAUGUCAGCCGACGGAUAUGAUCUGCAGAACUGUACUGGUGGCAUCGCAGGAUAUAUAGACAGGUAUAAUAUAGGACAACAAUAAGAAUAAUCUUUAUUGCACACUACAAAGAACACAAUAACUAUCACGUAACAAUAUAAUUUGAAAUUCACACACACACACAUAUAAAUGAUCAUCAUCCUAGCCAGGUCAGGCCAUGUGGUCAAACUCAUUAGAAGGUACUGAAACUAUGGUGAAAAUUGGUAAGUUUUUUCAAUACAGGCUAAUAUAGCUGCAUACCCUACCACAAAUCUCUAUGCUCGCCCCUGCACACAUAUACGAGAGAGAUAGGAAGAAACUCACACAAUCGCACAAAAAAACGGAAGAACAAAAAGGUACAAUUAAACAAAACAACACAGUUUUCAAAGAGCCACUGCAAGAUUUCGUUUCAAUUUUGUUCAAACACAUACACAUACACACACCCACACACACACACACACACACACACACACACACACACACACGCACGCACGCACGCACGCACGCACGCACGUAUCUACACACACGCACACGCAAGCACGCGCGCGUGCACACAACUCUCAUAGUUAUCUCUAUAAUGGCCUCGGGAAACUAAGAAUCCAUAUGAGCCGGGAGAACAAAAAGGUACAAUUAAAAAAACAAACACCGUGUACAAAUAACAUGUCGUGACUUUUCUUCGGCAUCACAACGCGUUGAGGUCGAAUAGUAAUGUCAGUUACGACAUGGAUUUCGCUAUGUGGUCUUUUUUAUAAUUUUAACAAUGCUUCGUGAGCGUUUUCAUUAGAGCCAUAACAUGAAUUUCGCCAUUUGAAUGCACGGUUUCUUUUUUGCACAGACUCAUCCUUGGUCCGUCUCACCUGUACAAGGGCGGUACUUUCCGUCACCUGUACCGCACCUCUGUACCACACGAUCCUGAGGGAAUACUGGGCAUAUUCUCGGGCGUACUAGUUGUACAAGCUGGUGCGCAUGCGUCCAGGAUAAUGCUCGCUUACAAUCAUGCUAGAGCGCGUAUAAUGCGUUGGGUGUUCUGGUCCAUAAUUUUCGGCGUGUGCGGAGGCGGCAUGUGUAUGUUCACGAAGAAUGGAUUUGCCAUACCCGUAAAUAAGAACCUCUGGUCGCUCUCCUACUGUCUCGUCACGUCGUCUAUGGCGUUAUUCAUGAAGGCCUUACUUUACUUCAUUGUUGAUCUGAAGAGUAAAUGGGGAGGACGUCCCUUGUACUAUGCGGGUCAAAACGCCCUCUUCUUAUACAUCGGCAGUGAGCUUCUAAAGAAACAUUUUCCGCUGUUAUGGUAUAUUUCUGCACCGACUCAUGCGCAGUUAUUGGCAACACACGCCGCCGCUAUGUUGAUUUGGCUGGCGGUGGGCGUGGCUCUAUAUAAGAAACGAAUCUUUAUCACCUUGUAAUAGGGACACUUUAUCUUUUGUCAAAUCGUAUGAAUUACAAGAGAAUGCUAAUAUAUAUAAUAUUGUAAAGUUAUAACAAUUAUUUUUCUAGUAUAUAAGGAAGAUUACGUUAUACAAUGAUGAAGCUAAAAUAUAACAUAUUAAAGUCUGUAUUUACUUUUUUUCUUCUACGUAGGUAAAACUUGUCGAUGCUACUUAUUACUUUGGUUAUUUAAAACUAUGAAAGAAAGUGUGAUAAGACUUUAUAUAUUAGAAAAUAAUUGGGUUAUAAUAAAAUGUAUUUUUUACUUGAAUUAGAAGAAUUCAAAGUAAUUUUGUAUUGUUUGGAAUUGUAUAAUUAUGUACUUUAUUGCAUUGUAAUAAGGCUUUUGUUUAUAAUGGAAUGCUGUGAUCGAAGUCUGUUUGAUAGAUUUAUAUAUGAUAGUUAAACUGAAUUUUGUUGUUUUUAACUGACAUUGUAUUCAAACCAGGGUUCGCUGCUAAAUAUCAACAUAUAUAUAUAUAUCAUGAUAUGCCUAAUGAUAUGAUGAUAUGCAUCAUGAUUAAUAUAUACAUAAUGAUAUUAUAUAUAUAUCAAUUGAUAUUUAUAAUAUUUAUGUUAGUUUGAGUAUUGAAUCUCAGCUAGAAAAUUAACCAACCCAAUGUGACACUGGCAACAUUGGCCUGAACUCUUCCCGAAGCAAUCUUAGUUACUAGAAAUUUUGGGAUUUCCCCGUAACAUUAUUUUUUUAUUUUCUCUUGUGCUUAAAUGCUUAUGUUCUUAAAUAUUAAAUAAAGCCACUAACAGCUCAAAAAUCUCAGUUUUUCAUAUGCAUAAUAUAUAUCGGAUAAAUAAUAAAUAUCGUAUAUUUAUUAUAAAUAUCGGAUUUUUGCGGACCCUGAUUCAAAAUGACUGAAAUUAGAAUCGGAAGGUCAAAUGUUCAUUUGAAAAGUCAGUGCAAAUUAAUCUUUUUGUAUUUAAUUUCAAAUAGGUUCAUUUACAGUAUUUUUUUUUUGGGAAGUCGUCUUACAUAAUUGCUCGUAUUGCAUCGAUUGUCUGAGUUCGUUAUAGUGUCGUGAACAUUGUAAUAUCGAUUUUUAAUAUUAUCGAUAUCAGGAAUAUUUUGCAACACUAUUAUUAGAAUUCAGCUUUUUAUGAAAUAAAUUGUCAUUUACUCUAUUUAAUGUUUCGUAACAAUAUUUCAAUAAAUCUUGUAGUUUUGUAAGUAAUAACUAUCCUUUAAUACGACCGAUUUGGCUUGGGAGCAAAAAUGUGUAUUAUGUAAAAAAACUGAAUAUUUAUGGAAUAUAAUAUGGAACUGGUUUUUGAAUUUAAUGUGUAUUCUACAACUGUAGAAUAUUGCUCUGGAUAAAUCUAAAUAGACUUAAACAUAUAGUCAAACAUUUAAUUUAUUUAACAAUAGAUUUAUAGUUUUGUGUUAUUAACAACUUACAUAAAGAUAAUAAUCAUAUACCUAGUUACAUAAACGUCUGUUAAAAUUAUAAUUAAUUUACUAAUUUACAACAUUUAUUCGAACUUAAAGUCCUGUUUAAACCUUAAUGGAUGUUUGUACAACUAGAUGUUAGCGUUGUAAGAGCGUUAAAAUUCGCAGUUGUAAAAGUAAGGGAUUUACUAUGGAUAUCUGGAAUAUGUCAGAGAAUCAAAACAUUCAGCCAGCUUCUUAUUGACAUUGAAAAUUUUGACAACCAGACUUGCUUUAAACUUAACGCUCAUUGUGUUAAGGUUUAAAAUCGAAAUGGCGUUAAGUCAAGCGACUAACCUAUUUGUAAAAGAUAUAAGGGCAAUUUAAAUAUUAUAUUUUGAAGUGAUUUUUUUUUUUUUGUUUUUAGUAACCACCAGAAACUCUUUUUUCGAACAUAUAUUUAAAGUAAAUCCCGGUAACUUUCAUUUAUUAUUGUUUAUGUUUUAUCCAUAAGCUAUUAGUUAGGUGAGUCUUUGGGUUUUUUGUAUUUUUUUUUAUUAUUUAUAAAAUAACACAUUCACACUUUGUAGGGUUGUUCACAAAAACUUUUGGAUAAAAAAGAAUAUAGCAUAUAACAAUUUAAAGAAUUAUUAACACUGCAAAAUAAAUUCUAAAUUUAUUCCUAAAACUCAUAAAUGCUUAUAAUUUCUUGAUUUAAUGUAUAAAAACACUGGCUGUGUAUUUUAAAUAUUUCCAAUAUAUCGUUUCUUUAUAACUUGGCUUAACAUAAGAGGUUCACGUCCAAUGUGGCUUUUAUGUUGCUCCUGAAUGGGCUAUUUACGAUAAUUCUUUUGCAAAAGAAUUUUGAUAUAUAAAGAAUUUAAAAAAAAAACGCAAUUCUGUUAACCUCAUAACACAUUCAGUAUAAUGUUAAUAUUUUUGAAAUAUUUAUUCACUGUAAAUUGCAGAAGAGUGUACUGUUAUCAAUAUUACAUCAGAAGUGCUAUUCUGUUAACAGUUUUAAAAUGAUCGUUGAGCGCAGCGCUAUCACAUAGAAGUUUUUUCAGAUAAAACCUACUUUAAAAGGUCAUAAACAAAGACUUCUAUUAGUAUUUUUUCUUUGGACGGGACUAUCUCGUUUUGUCUUUGUACCUCCCGGUGUCUCCAAAGGUAUUUUCGGGGCGCGCACAAUGUCCCGUUUUUGUAAGGAUACGAAAAUUUUGCCGGACACACCGUCAGUUGCCCGCGAAGGGAGGAAGAAACAUAACUCCUCGUUUAAUCUCAAGUAAGCUAUAUUUACAGAAGGUCACAUUGUCAACCAACUCCCACACCCCGGUUUUUCUUAAAAAAACUAUGUCUUGUUUUGAUUCAAGGAAAAAUUAAUCGAAUAUAUUUAGCGGGGUCACGCUAAAUAUAUAGCAUAGAAGUUGGUCAUAAAGUUUUUAUUUCAUCGAAUCUCUAUGACAUAACAGCGCUGCCUUUGACGAUGAGUUUAUGGCUGUUUUUUUAAUAGAAUAGCUGAUUUGUAUUAGUAGAUGAAUAGAACCUGUAUAUUUGUAGUAUUAGGUAAUGUAUGUAGUCGAAUAUAGACGAAAUUUAUUUUUUCAAUAAAAUGUUUAUAUCCCU